ACAACUUUCAUGACACAUUCUUGAACGCCGCAGGUCUUGAUUGUACGAAUAGCCUAGUCCCCACUCAACUGAAGAGAUCUUUCCAGGGCAAGCGAAAGCUUUUGAGAUUUCGCAAGCGUCCGGCGCGGUAUAGACGUCACCAUGACGCUCUGGGGCGCCAUCCUGAAAGCGCGCUCACGCGCUUCCAAGCCCCACGCAUCUUACGAGCCGCCUGCAAGGCCUUGGUGGGCUGACGAGCGUCGGCUGCACCUGACGGCCGCCACCUGUACCGCUUCCGCCGGCGCCAAGGUAUUUGGCCGGAACCGGAACCGGACCCGGACCACGGCGGAACUCUUGGCGGAGAUGCCGCUCUGCGAGCUCCAAGUUGCAGACCCGCAGAAGAAGAAGGCGGAAAGCGUCCCUCCCAAGGACGACAUUUCAUCUUCUGAGCCGGAGGACCAGUUCUUUCCGGUGUGUCUCUUGGAUUUACGAAUUGUCGAACGAAAGGCGGCCCUAGAGGUGAACUGA